AAGCAGCCAAGAGUUAGAGCCAGUCCAGAAGCCCAAGCCAGAGUUGAAGGUGAAGUUUGAGCAGCAGCAACUAAAGAAGGGGAAAUGAUGCUGGUUACCUUGGGACUGCUCGUCUCCUUCCUUUCUUUCUUGUACACGAUAGCUCCAUCCAUCAGGAAGUUCGUUGCUGGCGGAGUUUGUAGAACAAAUGUGCAGCUUCCCGGGAAGGUGGUGGUGAUCACCGGUGCCAACACGGGCAUCGGCAAGGAGACGGCCAGAGAGCUCGCUCGCAGAGGAGCCCGAGUGUACAUUGCUUGCCGAGAUGUGCUAAAGGGGGAGUCAGCUGCCAGUGAAAUCCGAGCAGAUACAAAGAACUCCCAGGUGCUGGUGCGGAAAUUGGACCUAUCUGACACCAAAUCCAUCCGAGCCUUUGCUGAGGGCUUUCUGGCAGAGGAAAAGCAGCUCCAUAUUCUCAUCAACAAUGCAGGAGUGAUGAUGUGUACAUAUUCUAAGACAGCUGAUGGCUUUGAAACCCACCUGGGAGUCAACCACCUGGGUCACUUCCUUCUCACCCACUUGCUCCUGGAGCGACUAAAGGAGUCUGCUCCUGCACGGGUCGUGAAUCUGUCCUCGGUGCUCCACCAUAUUGGCAAGAUUUCCUUCCACGACCUCCAGGGUGAGAAGUACUACAGCAGGCUGUUUGCCUAUUGCCACAGCAAGCUGGCCAAUGUGCUUUUCACUCGCCAGCUGGCCAAGAGGCUCCAAGGCACGGGGGUCACCACCUACGCAGUGCACCCAGGCAUUGUCACCUCAGAGCUGACCCGGCACUCGUUCCUGCUGUGCCUGCUCUGGCAGCUCUUCUCCCCUUUCAUCAAGUCAGCGCGGGAGGGGGCGCAGACCAGCCUGCACUGCGCCCUGGCUGAGGGCUUGGAGCCCCUGAGUGGCAAGUACUUCAGUGACUGCAAGAGGGGCUGGGUGUCUCCAAGGGCCCGAAAUAACAAAACAGCUGAGCACCUGUGGAAGGUCAGCUGUGAGCUUCUAGGAAUCCAGUGGGAGUAGCUGGUGGAAGAGCCACGGCUUUAUCAGGUCCGAUCCAUGCCGUAAUGAAAGGGGACCAAGGAGAAAGCCAACCCUGAAGGAUUGCCUUCCUGGCUGGCAACUGCUGCUGUGAAUCCUGCCCACCCCAAUCCUCCUGAUCUUUCUGGAAACCUUUGCACACUCAACUGUUUUGUAGGCUGGCCCAUGGCAUGAGGUGUUCUCAUCUGCAGAGCAUAUUUCUCUAAGACUCGGAGAGUCAGCCACCCUCUGGCGGCAGGAGGAGUGGGCAGACACCAGGCUGGGCAUGGGAGUAGCAGAGGAGCCUGAGAAAUUGCAUCAGUUUCCUCACCAAUGCCAGAAACACCAGCCAGCAUGCUCAGCCAAGGUGACAGCAGCAUCAGCAUUCCGUAUUUCCAGAGACUCAAACGCUUGAUUGACCUCUUUGAAAUACCAGUCACUACCCUGGAGUUCGGACUAUCUCAGGAAGAUCUUGACUAAUCUUGGCCAAAUUUGAUUUCUUUCUCUGAGCAUUUUCUGAGCAUCCUGGAGCCACUGUGUGAAGCUGGACCUUCCCAUUUUCAGUCUUAUUCUAAAGAAUUCCC